UGCGGGCUGACGGCGGCGUGUUGUCAUGCGUUUCUGCUCUCUAACCAUCUCCUGCUGUCAAAGAGUCGCAUUAGGAUACUUUUGUUCCACCAAACCUUCACUUCACGUUACAUAAGGAGACGUUACCCGGCGUCACGUCGCAGCCGGCCUUUCUGCGUCGGUUCGCGAGUUCGGCCUGCUGACGUGGCGUUGAUCUGGUAACGGCAGUAAAAGAGCCGCGCGGACUAAACGAGUCAGAAAACAGCAGCCGGAGGAAAAGCUGAACACUUCUCCUCAAGUUAGGAGAGUUUAUUUAAGACGCUUCUGUAAAAGCCGUUUCCUGUCUUCAGUUAGUUCCUAUCACCAUGGUUACCCAGCGGUUAGGAUAGGAUCUGCUGGUUCCUGAAAUGCGGCCCCAGCAGCGAAAAUGUUACCAAAGUACCAGCGGGUAUAAUCAGCAAAAUGUACUUCAUGUCCAGUACCUGUAGUACUGUUAUAUAUGAGAGUAUUACUAUUCGUCAUCAGUGAAGUAAAGCAGGAUGUUGCUCCACCAGGCCACAACAGGAGCCCGAGGACGCUAUGAGGUCACAGCAGGAGGUCACGAGGUCACAGACAUAGGAAGGGUACUUUAAAUAGACCCCCAGACUGGGUCAUGUGACCAAAGGCUAAAUUUAUGUGACUGCUCUGAGGUCAGAUUUCAGCCGAGGACACGCAGCAUGGAGGACGGCUGCUGCUACAAGCUGCUGAACGAGCCAACUCGUUAAUAAUCAAACAGGAUGAUCAGAGGGAGGAUGCAGCUGCAGGUCAGAGGUCAGAGGUCAUCCUACCUGUGACAUCACAGGGCUGACAGGAAGUGGUCGCCAUGGUGGGCGUGGCGGCGUGCGGCUCGGUGAGAUCCAUCAAGGCUCUGUGGGAGACCAGGAUCAGGAGGAUCCAGGAGGAGCAGCAGGAGGAAGAGGAGCAGAGGAGGAGGAUGGCGAGGGGCGGGGCCACAGGCAGACUGAGUGUUGGCGUUUGGGAGGACCGGGCGGCUCUGGCUCGGCUGAAACAGAAGCUGCAGACUGAAGACGGACGCCUGGUCCUCCGGAUCGAACAGGAGGAGUGGAAGUCGUUGCCUGGCUGUCUGGUCCAGCUCACUCAGGUCCAGGAGUGGCAGAUUCACCGGGCUGGACUGCAGAAGAUCCCUCACUUCAUCUCCAGCUUCCAGAACCUUUUAGUUCUUGAUCUGUCCCGCAACGGGGUCACCGAGAUCCCCAAACAGAUCGGGAAGCUGACUCGGCUCAGAGAGCUCCUGCUGAGCUUCAACAGAGUCCACUUUGUUCCUGAAGAGCUGAGCUGCUGUGAGAGCCUGGAGAGACUGGAGCUGGCCAUGAACCGGGACCUAAACCAGCUGCCAGACCAGCUGAGGAACCUGAAGAGGCUCCAGCACCUGGACCUGUCCAUGAACGCCUUCACCUGCGUGCCGGACUGCGUGGUCGGGCUGCCGGCGCUGGAGUGGCUCGACAUGGGAGGAAACCAGCUGCAGCACUUACCUGAAGACAUUCACAGGAUGGAGAUGCUGCACACUCUGUGGCUGCAGAGGAACCGACUGGAGAAACUCCCAGACAACAUCAGCAGGAUGGCGAGCCUUGACACGCUGGUUCUCAGCAGCAACAGACUGCGAGACAUACCCCCUCUGAUGGAGGGCAUGUCCAAGCUCAGCAGGUUUGUGAAUUUCCGGGACAACCCUUUGACCCUGAAUGUGACGCUGUCGUGCAGGAAGACAAAAACCGAGGUCGAUGAAGACGACAGUGAAGAGGACAGAGAGAUGUUUGGACGAGAGUUCAUGCAGAUGUACAUCCAGGAGUCCAGAAAGAGAGCGUACGCCGUGCUCAACGUGCACUGUGCCCACCAUUAGUACCAACACCACUUCCCAGUCGGAUUCAGCAGUGAGGAAACGCUCGGGAGUUCAGCCCACAGUCACUAUCGUGCACCUGAGAGCCUUCACUGUGGAUUAUUCAGAAGAAAACUCCAGAGGGACUUGGAUUUUUAUCAGGGUUUUUCUGAUUUUCGAUCUUGGAAAUUUGUCACUUUCAUCUUGGAUUUUUUUUCUCUGUUUAGGCUAGGCCUAUUAACCCCUGACCCUGGCUCUGUAUUUUUUGGACACGUAAAAUGGUCAAUCUAAAUAUGGCAAAACUCUUAGAAGGAUUCAGUUGCAGCCUACAGAUGGGCUCCAUCUCAGAAACUGGCCCAUUAAGUACUUCAGAUCUCCUCCCUAAAUCACAGCUCGGCUGCAGAGGACCAAGUAUUAAUACUUCUCCUCAGUAACGCUGAGUACAGAUGGUGUGUAUUAAUACUUCUCCAGCUUCUUAGCCCAGGUAACACCUUAAAAUGAGGCUUCUGCAAAACGUUUAAAAGUAUCUAAAGUGAGUAGAUUGUAUUUUUAUUGUAUGACAGUGCUGACAGCUGUCGACUUUCUAUCAAGUGUUUUUCUGGUCUGUUUGGAGUUAAUUUGCGAGCAGCUUGUAAAGCAACAUGUUUUAUGGGAAAAGAUCAUAGAGGUUCGUUAAACACGGUCUGUGAUUUAUGAAGCUGCUAUUUAAAUGUCAUCUUUGAAUCUUUAAUGACCCCGAGGUAUUUAAAACUGUUAACAAAAACAUCGGGUUGAUGAGAAAUACAGUUUUGUUUACAUUCAAGUGUAAACAUGAAUUAUUUAACCAGUUAGAAACCUGACUCAUGGAUGCAGUUGGUCUGUUUGCAGCUUGUUUGUUUUUAGCAUGCACAUAUCGAACCGUGUCGUCAGCAUACAGUCGUAUGUUGCUAAAGUCAGGGCGCUAACAUACAAGCUAAACAGCUGGGGCCUAGCAUUGACCCUUGGGGAACACCAAUAUUACAAUAUGUCAAUACGUACAGUUUGCUUCCUGUUAGUUAAAUAUGAGUUCAUCCAUUUAAUUGCAUCCUUGGAAAAAUUCUAAAAGGAAAGCUUUGAGAGGAAUACCUCAUGGUGUGUAUUAUUUAAUGAAAUACAUGCAAAUAUACUACAUGUUGCCUUUUAGUUUGUGCUUUAACAUUUCCACUGUGAGCUUCCACAAAGAUGCUGAUGUUGUUGUGACAGCGUACAGCUGUUUGACCAUGUUGACUUCACUGGUCCUGGUGCAGGUUCUGGUUCUGUCUGUAAACUGUGAGCACCCCGCUUCCCCCAGUUAAUCCUCCUGUGACCCUUAGUGGGGCCCAGAGCCGCAGAUUUGAAACCACUUUGCACCAAAGUGACGACGAAACACAGUUUGUAUUUUGUUUACGAUAUUAACAGCAACAACAAUGAUGAUAAUCUUUAACAUAUUUAUUACCAAAAUGAAGGAAACACGUUUCUUUGUUUCAGACGUGAACGACAGCUGAAAUCUUGUCUGAGUUUCUUCUUGUGGGCUUUUCCUGAAUCAGUGAAGAAGAAGAUGAGGCUGAGGCAUUGAGGGUUCUCCAGCUGUUCCCUGGAGAACUUCUUCUUACAGACUGAAACAUGUGAAAGCAGCCGGAUCACCAGCCGGAUCACAGGCGGGACUCCUUUAAUGCAAACAGAACCUUUGAGUCUGAAAUAAAAACAGUUGUAGAACCUCA